CACGUCCCUUUUUUCUCCCCUCCUCUUAUUCCACCGGAGCAUCUCUCUCCUUCUGCUCUCCUUUCCUUCUCCACCGCCCACUUCUUCCCAGCCAUUGAUCCCGACCACUCACCGCACCGCCGCCUCAUCAUCGCGUUGCCCCGCUGCGCUUUUCUGCAUUUUUCAUUUCUUUUCUUUUUUUUUCUUUUUUUUUAACUAAUUUAUUUAUUUUAAUUUUUUUUCUAAGAGGACGAAAAUCGGAACAUUUUUAUUUUUAUUUUUAUUUUUUUUCUGGGACUACACAAACUCCCUCCCCUGCCCCCGGCCUCCCUCCCUCCUCAUCACCAUGGCGAGCACCGAGGAUAAAGCGGCCAGCAAGGAGAGUCCGUCCAGCUGGAAGGACUCCAUCUACAACCCGAGGACCGGGGAGCUGCUGGGUCGCACGGCCAGCAGCUGGGCCCUCAUCCUGCUCUUCUACCUGGUCUUCUACUGCUUCCUGGCCGGCAUGUUCACACUCACCAUGUGGGUGAUGCUGCUCACGCUGGACGACUACGUGCCUAGGUACAGGGACCGCAUCCCCAGUCCAGGACUGGCGAUCCGGCCAAACUCUUUGGACAUCUCCUUCAACAGAUCUGAUCCACAGAAGUAUUCGCAGUAUGUCCGAAACCUGGAGUCUUUCCUUCAGAGAUAUAAUGACACGGAGCAGGAGGAGAACACGGACUGUUCUCCAGGAGAUUACACCCUGCGGGAGGAAGGGGAAGGAAUGUCGCAGAAAGCGUGCCGCUUCAGGAGAGCGCUCCUGAGUUUCUGCUCCGGCCUGUCUGACACUAACUUUGGAUACCAUGAAGGAAAACCCUGUGUGCUGCUCAAAAUGAACAGGAUCAUCGGCCUGAAGCCCGGCGGGGAUCCCUACAUCAACUGCACUGUCAAAAAAGAGAACCCGAUCCAAAUGCACUAUUUCCCCAAAGAGGGACGCUUUGACAAGAUGUAUUUCCCCUACUAUGGCAAGAAAGCCCAUGAGAACUACGUGGAGCCGUUGGUGGCUGUGAAGCUGCUGUUCACCAAGGAGGACUAUAACAAGGAGCUGGCCGUGGAGUGCAAGGUGUACGGCUCCAACCUUCUAAACAACGACGACAGGGACAAGUUCCUGGGCCGCAUCACCUUCCGGAUCAAGGUGGUGGAGUAAAACAAAAAAAGGCGGAGGCGGAUUGGAGGAGCGCACCUUGCUGGCCCCUGAAUUUACAAACGGAUUUGUGAUUAUGAAAAAAUUUUUAAAAUUAAAAAAAAAAAAAAAAAAAA